GAGAAGUGAAGGCGGCGGCGGUGGAGCCAGGGUCUGCAUCUGCAUCUGUCUGUCCAGCCCACCCUUCGCCAUGAGGCCGCGCCGGUUCUACAUUUCCAUCAAGGACUUCGCCGGGGGCGUGGAGGUGUGGGUCCCCCGGGGCACCCUCCUGAGCCAGGCUGCACCCCUAGAGGAGGCCCCCUCCCGGGACCCUACCUUCAGGGCCCAAGUGCUGGAUACAGAGGAGAUGGUGAAGGUGCCCUCCAAAGCGGUGCUGGAGCUGAGCGAGACCUAUGCCCGGCUGCUACAGGCGGUCACCAAUGGGGAGGAGCGGCUGGGGCUUUUCAAGCAGGAGGAGCUGCUCCGACGGCUCUCAGCCCUGCGCCGGGGGGACCAGGUCCGGGUCCAGAUCACCUCGGCCUCUGGGGAGAAAGUGAGAGGUGUUGUACGCUACCGGGGACCCAUGAGCAAGAACAGAGAUGAAGCUGGGAUCAUCUUUGGGGUGGAAUUGGUGGGGUCAGCAGCUGGGAAGGGCUUCACAGACGGGUCCUUCAAAGACCAGAAGUUUUUCUCAUGUCGGGAGAAUUGCGGGGUCUUUGUCCCUGUGAGUCGGAUUGAACCAGAUGAAGGCAGCCCCCCAAGGCCCCGCUGGGGCAGCAGCAAGGCUCGCAACAGGUUGCAGCAGGUGGAGGAUGACCCCCUGAGGUCCCCUCCUUUGGAGCUCGGUGACCAUGUCUUCUUCAACAUGGAUGACAGCCGUCCUACAGGCACCGUGAUGUUCUGCGAUUACCUGCCGGAGAAGGAGCAUGCUGGCAUCUUUGUGGGCAUCCACCUGGACCAGCCUAUUGGUUCGUGGGAUGGUGUCUUCAAGGGUCAUGCCCUCUGCCAUUUUCCUUCCCCAGAGCAUGGAAUUCUCUUGCCGAUCUCCAAAGUAUAUAAAGAAAAGAUUGAGCAUAACCCCAAGGCCUCAAUAGAGAACCCCUCUCUAGGGUUUUCUGAAGACCCACCAUGUUCCCCGUCCAUCCGGUAUCCACCCAGGAUAGAACCGCACUCUCCGAAGGGGCCCCCAGCCUCACUCACCUCCAUAUUUGUGGACAAGGACAAGGGGGAGAAGGAGAAGGAGCCAGAGGAGGAUGAUGAAGAGAAGACACUUGUGAUUCCACUGGAAAUUUACUCCAUGGUGGAGGUGCAUGAUCCCCCAAUAUAUGGGGUCAUCCGGUGGAUUGGAAACCUACCAGAAGUGGGAGAGACCAUUGCUGGCUUAGAGCUGGAGGAGCCACUGGCCUCAAGCUGCACAGAUGGGAGUUACCGAGGGACACGUUAUUUCCAGUGCCCACCAGACAAGGGCUUUUUUGUGAAGCUGCGCCACUGCCGGCCAGACUCCCGCUUCGGGGUACCCCAGCCACUGGAGAACCCUGUGCUGCGCUGCAACUCACUAGAUUUCCGCAUCUAUGCCAGCGAGCGGGUGCUGGAGAAUACCCCUCCAGCACUGGGGGAGGAAGGGGGCCAGCAGCUUACCGGCUGGAAGAAGGGGAUUCAGGGUCACUGCAACUCCUGCUACCUGGAUGCCACCCUCUUCUGCAUGUUCACCUUCAGCUCGGUGCUGGACUCCCUGCUUCUGCGCCCUGCAGACAAGAACGAUGGAGAAUCCUAUGUGGAGACCCGGGACCUGCUGAGAACCGAGAUCGUCAACCCCCUGCGCAAGCACGGCUACGUCUGUGCCACCAAGGUGAUGUCCCUGCGCCGGGUGCUGGAGGCUGCUGGAUCCUCUCCGGGCUUCACCUGCGAGGAGAAAGACCCCGAGGAGUUUCUCACCCUGCUAUUCCGGGUGCUGAAGGGCGAGCCACUCUUUAAUAUCCGGUCAGCAGACAAGGACCCCCAGGGCUGCAUCUUCUACCAAAUCUUCAUGGAGGGUGCCCUGCCUGGGGUGACUCAGGGGGUUCCCACAGUGCAGCAGCUGCUGGAGGGCUCCCUGGCCACAGGCGACCUCAAGUUCACGGAGGCCCCCUCCUGUCUGAUCCUGCAAAUGCCCCGAAAUGGGAAGGACUUCAAGGCUUUUGCCACCAUCCUGCCUAGCCUGCAGCUGGAUCUCACAGACCUGCUGGAGGAUGCUCCCCGGGAGUGCUGUAUCUGCCAGGAACUGGCAGUGAGUGAAUGCCCCCAGUGCUAUGGGGACCCCCACAUCACAGCAGGCAGCACCCGGCAGUACUGCAGUAUCUGCUGCCAGCAGGUGCACCGUCACCGGACCCGGAGCUCCCACCACCCCCGGCUGCUGCGCCUGCCCCCAGAGCUCUCCCACCUGCCUCCUCUGCCAGUCCCUCUGCCCCGCCAGACUAUGCAGCUCUAUGCUGUCCUCUGCAUCCAGACCAGCCAUUAUGUGGCAUUUGCUCGCCAUGGGCCCCGCCGUGAGCACUGGCUCUUCUUUGACAGCAUGGCAGACCGCCAGGGUGGCCAGAAUGGCUUCAACAUCCCACGGGUCACCCCUUGUCCAGAGGUGGCCGACUACCUGGAGAUGUCCCCCAAGGAGCUCCAAGCUCUGGACCCCAAGUCCCUUCCCCCUUGUGCCCGACGCCUGCUCUGUGAUGCUUACAUGUGCCUCUACCACAACACUGCCCUUGGGUUCUACAAAUAAACCCUUCCCUCCAGCACUCUGCGGGGAAGGAUACAGAAAGAAGCACUAUGAAACUCAGGACUGCCACUCAGGGAAGGCUAAAUGGACUUUAUUAUCAGGACUUCCAUUGCCCUGCAAUGAAACUGUGCCAUUAAGGAACUGGUGAGAAGU